AUUCUCUCUCUCUUUUUUUUUUUUCUUUUUUUUUUUUUUUUUUAAAUAUGUGGAAACCGGUUUUAAUUUUGUUGGUUUGCAUUCUUCCCUGUUUUGAAUUAGUUUCAAAUGUAUUCAAUUAGAAAAAGACAGUUUUAGAAGCUUAGACAUGGAUCUGAGAUGAGUGUGUGUACAAGGUAGCUCAUGUCGUGUGCAUGAGCUGCCUUGCAUGCAAAUGUGUGUACAAGGUAGCUCAUGUGCAUGCUAAGCCUACAUGGAUCUGAGACGGUUUUAGUUGAGCUUUGCUAAGCCUACAUGUGUGUACAAGGUAGCUUAUGUGCAUGCAUGCAUUUGCCAGUGUGGGAUGAGAUCCAAUCCAUUCAUUAGAGCACUACCACUGUAGAUGUUCUUGCGUAAGAAUCAGGUUGGUCCUCCUGGUUGAAGCUUUUUUUACUAUCCAACUGCUUUGAAAACUGCGGUCCACCUAUUGAUUGAACCAGAUUUGUUUUCAUGCAAAAGCAUCUACAUGGUCAAACCCACUUGAGACGGUUUGGAUAUUACACCAGUACACUCUGUUGAGAGUCUUGAGACACAAUGUCGUGUGCAUGAGCUACCUUGCAUGCAAAUGUGGGCUUUGCAAGUCAAUCCACAAAAUGAUUCUCUGUUAAGAUUUUUUUAAAAGAAAAGUCAUGAUAGAAAAGACACAAUUCCAUACCUCCAUAAAUCCUUGGAUUUUUGGGUCAAAUCCAAAUCUUCCCAAGUCAAUCCACAAAAUGAUUCUCUGUCAAGAUUAAAAAAAAAAUAAAAAAAGCUAUGCCCUUGCAGCCAUUGUAUUAAAUGCUCCUCAAAUCCAUGGCUUCAUUACCAAACAGUGGAUUUCCUUGUUUUUUUCCUUGUACUGAUUGAUUUAAUAAGAAUUUCCUUCAUCCUACAAAUCAAUCAUCUGUCACUAUGGGUUGGAAAUUUCUUAGUAGCUUAUAAGGUUUCUUGAUGUGGAAUGAUUUGUAAAAGUUUACCAUUGCAGUGUGAAUUUGUCAUUGCUUGAAAUUUGAAUCUCUAGUGCUUUAGAUGAAAAAUGCUACGAAAGUAGUCUUUUGUUUUGCUAAUUCUUCUAUUCUGAGGUUGGCACCAUUUUCUGGUAGGUACUAGAAGAUGUCUGAUGCUGAGGAUAUUCCAAUCUGGGGUACUUUUUGUCCAUGAGGUCCAUUGUUCAAUGGUUUUGGGAUCACUGAAGCAUGUGCCCCACUUGUGCAAACUGAACAUAUUGUACAAGCUCUCAGCUUAAGCAUUGUAUAAUACCUCUUAGUUAAACCAAUGACCAGGAGAUUCCUCAACAUGAUAUGCUCUAUUGCCCUGAUUUGAUAGUUCAAAAGGAUGAAGAGGUUGAUGGAAAUGUUUCUAAUAGAGUUAAAGAGUUGGGUGGGUGGGUGGGGAGGAGAUGUGCCUCUAUAGUGUUGGGGUUGCAUGCUAAUGAAACAUGAAGGUAGAUUUUUUGUUCUACUCAUUUCUCUUUCAUUAGUAGGUGUAUUUCUUUUCCGAUAGGUCAGUGGUAGAGCUCUGUAGCUAUUUUCUCUAGAUAGUUACAAUAGCUCGAUGGAGGUAAUGUUAUCUUAUCUUGCCAUGUUUUAUUUGUUUAAUCGAUUUGUCACUUUCUUUUCGAUUUGCAAACAAGGUGGGUUGCAUUGGGCGACGUGGUUGAGAAGACUGUUGAGAGGAGGCAGAAGAGGAUGAUCAAGAACAGGGAGUCUGCUGCUCAAUCAGGGGCCAGGAAGCAGGCAUACAGGAACAAGCUGGAGAACAAGGUUUCACAUCUGGAAGAAGAGAAUGAAAGGCUCAAGAAGCAGAAGGUGUUUGCCUAUAAUGAGAAGGAUGUUAACUACAGAUGGACAAGUGCGACUUACAUCCUAAAAUGGGCCACAUAUAAUCAGAAUCCUUCCUGUCCUCAGUGCAAGCAUCUGUUUCAGUUUCUUAGUGUUCAUCGAUCACCAGAUGGAAGUAUUCACGAUUGCAUGUUCGAGGAGAGUGUUUGUCUGCUCAUUAGAGCCACUUGGUUUGUGCCUCUACCAUUGGAGGCUCAGGAAGAAUCCUCCUAUAAACAAGAAGCUAUCUAUCAGUAUGAGGAUGAGGAGGAUGACGAUCUGGAUGAUAAAGUUUACUUUGGCAGCUCCUCAAGCCUUCGUAUCGGUAACCAUAGGUGUUUUAUACCUCUUUAGUAUCUGGAUGACGAUCUGGAUGAAUUUUGCCCCUUUUUUUGCAAUUAAUUGAUUG